AUGAAAUUGGAAAUACGUUACAUGAAAAAAACAAAAGAAAACGGGAAAACUCAACAGAAAGGGUCUAGAACUGCGGCCAACUCUGCCCUUAAAUAUAAAAAGCGUAAGAAGUGGAGUCAAGAUGAUAUGACUGCUGCGAUAUUAGCUGUUCGAGAUACUAAAAUGGGCUAUUUAAAGGCAGCGCAGACUUAUAUUGUACCCAGAACCCCCUUAUUUCGACUUGCUGAAGAAAAAAAAACUUUGGUAGAAGAUACUCUGAACAAAAAC